AUGGCUCACCACGACCGCGGCGGGCGCUCGUACGGCGCCUAUGACACUCCUAUUGCUAUGAAAGGUGCCAUUAUUGCACUGCGCCUCCUCUCUAAGCUUCAAUAUCAAGAAAUUGAGCGCCAAACUGGUGUUUCCGAAUCGACAGCUGCAAAGCUAUACAAUAAGGCAAAACAAGAUGCCGGCAAUGAGGAUUUACACGAUAUGCUGGCUUCUCUCUGCCCCAGAUCGGCUCGUCCAGGAAUGAAACCAAAGGUUCCAAAAGAUACCGCAUUAUCACACCAAAUUCGACAAGAUAUUCUUCUCUUUGAAGACUACCCCUUUGAAGAAGCUGCAGCCCCAGCCAUCGCUGCAGCAGGCCUCAAACCGCUUGCCAGAUCAACAAUUGAGAAUAUUGCAUGGGAGCAUCGCGAUCCCCUCUGCCCGGUGCCAAUUGUACGGGGAAUUAGGCCUAAAAAGCCAGCUCUAGAUGCCGCUCAAAAAGAUACAAGAUUUAAGCACUGCUCUUGGAUUCAAGACACCAUCAAUCGCACUUAA